CUCACUCACAUGGAUCACUCCAUCACACUGGAUCACCCAUCCGUCUAUUACACCGGCGAUCCGACGGCUCUAAAAGAUGCAGUCGGCCCGCCUGUUGUCGUGACAUCUUUUUCUCUUCACUCCUGGCUCGUCACCCUCCACUCUUCGUCGUCUUCUUCAUUUACUUCGCCUCCUACUCCUCCUCCACCUGCCACUCUCGCUGGCGCCGUUGAUGCUCUAAGUACGCGCGACCUCUCCCCACGUCCUGUGUAUUCGCAUCCGAAACCAUGAGCAAAGAGGUCCCCGUCGCCGGCGCAAACGACCGGAGCUCGUCCUCUGACGAUGCUGCCAUACGUAGAGCGAGCUUGGUCGACACGGAAAAGGGUCGUUGGGAGCGCAUGUGGCCCGUCAUUGCUUGUGGCGCUGGACUUUUCUCAGACGGAUACCUGAAUGGUGUUAUCGGCUCGGUGUCUACCAUGCUCUCGAACAUCUACCCGACCACCUACAAGAACUCGCCGGCGCAGAGGAAUGUGGGCUCUCUCGCCUUCGCUGGAACUGUGAUGGGCAUGCUGUUCUUUGGUUGGUCGUCUGAUGCCAUCUCGCGCAAAUGGUCGCUUUUCGUCUCCACCCUCAUCAUCAUCCUCUUUGCUGCUCUUGGCGCUGGCUCCUAUGGUGCCGGUGGCAGCACCUCCGGUCUCUUCGCUGCCCUCGCUGCGUUUCGCUUCUUGCUUGGUAUUGGCAUUGGUGGUGAAUAUCCAGCUGGCAGUGUCGGUUGUGCUGAGAGCACAGGGGAGCUCAAGGCUGGAACGAGAAAUCGUUGGUUCAUCAUGUUCACCAAUGUGCAGAUUGAUUUCGGCUUUCUCGUUGCGGCAAUCGUGCCCAUGAUUGUUGUGCUCAUCACGACCGAGUCGCAUCUGCGUGUCGCUUGGCGCAUUUGCCUGGGCUUGGGUGUAAUCCCGCCUCUAUCGCUCCUCUACAUGCGGAUCAAACUCCAAGAACCAGAAGCCUUCCAGCGCGAGUCUAUGGUCAAGGCCCAGACCCCUUGGGUCCUCAUUAUCAAAUACUACUGGUUCCGACUGCUGAUUGUAUCCACAAUCUGGUUCAUCUACGACUUUUCCGCCUACUCCUUCGGCAUAUACUCCUCCACCAUCAUCGACAACCUCCUUGGUGAGAACACCGCGCUCUGGAAAUCUUUCGGCUGGAACACCCUCAUCACCUUCUUCUACAUGCCAGGUUGCAUCGCCGGUGCUUUCCUUGCUGAUAUUCCGUGGCUUGGCCCGAAGAAGACGCUUGCUAUCGGUGUGUUUCUGCAGGCCAUCGUCGGUUUCAUUAUGGCCGGAGCCUACAGCAAGCUCAAAGACCCAGCCAACAUUGGCGGAUUCGUUGUCGUAUACGGCCUCUUCCUCGCCUUUGGCGAAGCCGGGCCAGGCGACAAUAUCGGCCUCGUCGCGUCCAAGACCUCCGCCACCGCGAUUCGCGGCCGCUACUACGGGAUUGCCGCCGCAAUGGGCAAAGUAGGCGCCUUUGUCGGAAGCUACGUAAUCCCGAUCGUGAUCAACAAUGCACCAAACGAUACGCGUGCGGGCCAGGAUCCAUUCUUUGUGGGCAGCAGCCUGGCGGUGCUUGCGGGUGUUUUGGUGUGGUUCUUGCCGCCGAUUGACCAGGACACGAUUGAGCAGGAAGAUGUCAAGUUUAGGGAGUAUCUGAGCCAGAACGGCUACGACACGAGUCAGAUGGGCUUGAAAAAUAUGCAGAGCGAGAGCAGUUUUGACGGGCAGGCGGUGCAGGCUGAGAAGGUCUAAACCGCUUGAGGGAUGAAGAGCGCGAUUUGCUCGAUGCUUGUAUAGGGGAUGGUGUGGUGUGUGGAAUUGGAUGUAUCCUGUGCCGCACAUGCAUGAUAUGCGAUGCGAGUUAUUGAGGAGCGCUCUUGCGGUAUAGCCCUCCUCGCCAUCUUCCACCUCCCCAUAUCCAUCGUCAUCUACAACAUCUCGCUUCGCGCGCGGAUAUAUAAUGUAUGCAUCUACUACCUAAGACCUCUAUAUAUAUACCCCAUUUCAAUCAGAAAUUCCGUAUGUAGAA